AUGAUCGUUAUCACAAAUAAAAUUUUGUGGUUUGCUUUAAUAUUGGUUACGCUCUUUCAAUUGACAAUCGGCAGUAACGAAUAUUGUAACAGCGACGCCGAUUAUUGUUUCAAUAUUACUCUCCCUGAUAAAAACUUACCCGAUGAUCAGAAAUGGGUUGAGUUUCGUCUAGAGUCUCAACCAACUGCCGGAUGGCUCGGAAUUGGCAUCGGUGAAGGGAUGUCUGGAUAUUUGAUGGUAGCUUGGCUCAAUAACGAUGGUACAAUCACUCUUUCACAACGUUCAGGUGGUAUGCCCAAUGAACCCAAAGCUACAGAUUACCAAAGCGAUCUACAAUUGGUACCAAACAAAACAAGUGGACUUAUCAAUAAUAGAUUAGUGAUAUAUUUUAGACGCCUCCAAACAGUUAGGGAUAGCGUUAUAAAUGAAACUCAAAAUUUUGCAUGGGCCUACUGCACUGCUCGACCAAGUGGUAUAUAUCCAAAUUCGACCAUUACAAAACAUACGUACAGGGAUAAUGUGGUUUUAAAUCUGGUAAAUGCGGGUGUGGAUACUUCAUCGAGUUCAUCUGAUACCUAUAUUAAAUUGAUAAUUUCUCAUGCUAUUAUAAUGUUUUUGGCCUGGAUGGUAUUUUUACCAGCUGCUGUGUUUGUAGCCAGGUUUGCAAGAAACCUGCCAUCUUGGGUCCGCCUGCAUUGGGGUAUUCAAACUUUCCUUGUAGUCCCUCUUGUUAUUGCUGGCAGUGCAAUUGUUUAUGUUGCUGUAGGAGGUUACCAAACUAGUGAUCCCCACAAGAUCCUUGGUUUGGUUCUUUUUAUUUGCUUAUUCGCUCAAAUAACUAUUGGUAUAAUUCAUCACAAAUUGUAUGACCCUUAUCGAAAAUACACUCCUUGGUGGACUCAUCUUCAUAGAUGGCUAGGUCGCGCAAUUGUGGCCUUGGCAAUAUUUCAAGUUCCACUGGGUUUAUCACUUUAUGGAGCUCAAAUGUCAAUAUUCUAUAUUUACUAUGUCUAUGUUACUAUUGUCAUAAUUAUAUUUUUAAUAUUGUCCGUUCGUUCAUGUUAUGUUAAUGUUAGGUUAGAUAGUAGAGAUGAGUUUAGAAGAAUGAGUAACUCUGAUGACUAA